AUGACUUCCGCAAGAACACUUCUUCCCAUCCGCCGCAUCGCUUUCACGGCCUCCACCGCUCCCACAGCGGUAGCUCGCCAGAGCCGCCUUGGACUCAGACAUGCGCACUCUCACACGCAACCCAAUGGCGAGGCGCCGGUACCGACUACCAGCGGCAAGAUUAAAGACGCACCUGCACUGCUUGCCAUCGGCGGUUUGGGUUUGCUGUUGGGAGGAGGAUUGAUUCAUUUCUCAGCUAGACCCAAGGGACAACAGGAAUCGUCUGCAGGUGGUCAGCUUGAUAGUACUGCGGAAAAGAUCUCUCUCAAGAAGUGA